AUGGAUAAAACUUGGGUCUGGUUACCAAGGAAUAGUCUUGAGUAUGAGCUAGGAGCAACUAAAUUUGUGUUUGAUUCAGCAAGAUGUUUGGGUAAUCUAUCAGAUAUGUUUUGUCCUUGCGUUGACUGUCGCAAUGUGGUUCAUCAGUCAAAUGAGACAGUGUUGGAGCAUCUGGUUAUUAGAGGGAUGGAUCUAAAGUACAAGAGAAGUAAAUGUUGGAGUAAACAUGGGGAGAUAAGGAAUGAAAAGACAGCGGAUGCUGAUACAUCUGAGUACGAGGCUUUUGAGUUGAUUAGGACAGCUUUUAAGUCGAGUGAAGGCAAGAAAUUGUCUGAGAAUCACAGUGUAGAAGAGUUGGAGGGUAUUGACAGUAAAGAGGAAAUCGAGUUUAGAAAGAAGUUAGAGGAUGCAGAAACUCCCUUAUACUCGACGUGUGCUAACUACACAAAGGUUUCUGCAAUCAUGGCACUUUACCGGAUAAAGGUCAAGAGUGGGAUGUCAGAGAACUUUUUUGAUCAGCUACUGACAAUAGUACAUGACAUGCUACCUGGAGAGAAUGUGCUGCCUACGUCUACGGAUGAGAUGAAGAGAUUUUUGAAGGUUUUUGGUUUUGGUUAUGAUUCCAUUCACGCCUGCAUAAAUGAUUGUAUCCUUUAUCGAAAGCAAUAUGCGGAGUUAACAAGCUGUCCAAGAUGUGCUGAAUCAAGAUGGGAAACAGAUAAUAUAACCGGUGAGGAGAGGAAAGGGAUUCCAGCAAAGGUGCUACGGUACUUUCCAAUAAAAGAUAGAUUUAGGAGGAUGUUUAGAUCAAAACGGUUGGCUGAGGAUUUGUGUUGGCACUUUACUAAUGCUAGUGAAGAUGGUACAAUGCGGCAUCUAGUGGACUCCUUGACUUGGAUCCAGGUAAACGAUAAAUGGCCAGAGUUUGCUGGGGAUGCUAGAAACCUUAGACUAGGAAUUUCUACUGAUGGGAUGAAUCCGUUCGCUAUCCAAAACACCAAAUACAGCACAUGGCCGGUGUUCUUAGUCAAUUACAAUAUGGCUCCAACGGAGUGUAUGAAAGAAGAAAACAUCAUGUUGAUACCUGGACCAACCGCACCAAGCAACAAUAUUGAUAUAUAUCUACAGCCGCUGAUAGAUGACCUAAAAGAGUUAUGGAAUGAUGGUAUGGAGGUUUAUGACUCGUUUAAGCAGGAGAGUUUCACUCUAAGAGCUAUAUUGUUGUGGAGUAUCACUGACUAUCCAGCAUUAGGUACAUUAUCUGGAUGUAAAGUGAAAGGGAAGCAAGCGUGUAUUGUCUGUGGGAAGGAUACACCUCAUAGGUGGUUAAAGUUCAGCCGCAAACAUGUAUAUAUGGGUAACAGGAAGCGUUUGAGACCUGGGCAUCCUUACAGACGUAAGAAAGGGUGGUUUGACAAUACGGUGGAGGUUGGUACUGCAAAUAGAAUUCAGAGUGGAGCAGAAAUACUUGAGAGCCUUAAAGAUUUUAGGAAUGAAUUUGGUAGACCUUUAGAUAAGAAAGGCAAGAGAAAAAGAGUUGAGGCAGAUGUUGAUGAUGCAAGUUCAGCUGAUGAAUAUGAAGAAGGCGAUGAUCAAUGGCGGUGGAAAAAAAGAUCAAUCUUCUUUGACUUACCUUAUUGGAAGUAUCUGCAUGUGAGGCAUAAUAUUGAUGUCAUGCACGUGGAAAAGAAUAUGUCUGAUGCACUAUUAUCUAUUCUAAUGCAUAGUGGAAAAUCCAAGGAUGGAAGGUUAUCCAAAUUCAGAGGUCCUGAUGGAUAUUGUGCCAACAUCUCCAAUUGUGUGUCAGUAGAUCCUCCCAGCAUUGGUGGUCUCAAGUCACAUGACCAUCAUGUCAUAAUGCAGAACCUGUUUCCGGUGGUUUUGAGAGGUUUACUGCCUAAAGGACCUCGUAUAGCAGUGAAUCGAGUAUGCAAUUACUUCAACAGGCUGUGCCAACGUGUAAUUGAUCCAGAGAAGCUAAUUACACUAGAAUCAGAGUUCGUGGAAACAAUGUGUCAGUUGGAGAGAUACUUUCCACCAUCUCUUUUUGACAUUAUGUUUCACCUGCCAAUACACCUAGCAAGAGAAGCACGCUUGGGUGGCCCUGUACACUUCAGAUGGAUGUACCCUUUUGAGAGAUACAUGAAGACACUAAAGGCAUAUGUGAAGAAUUUUGCAAGGCCAGAAGCUUGUAUGGCUGAAGGCUACUUGGCUGGUGAAUGCCUUGCGUUUUGUUUAGAGUUUCUUCAGAAGUCUGUUCCAGUUGAAGAAACACUUGCUCGCAAUGAAGAUGUUGAGGUAGAUGAACAUGUCCUUGAAGGUCGACCACUGCAGAAAGCCACAGAAAAGAUUCUCACAGAUAAAGAGCGAGACAUAGCUCAUCGGUUGCAUUUGGAAGAACUGCAAGCUACAGAUGCAAGAUGCGCAAAAAAUUCAACUCUAUUGUGGAAAUAUCAUAACGAAAGGUUCCCACAGUGGAUUAAAGAAAAGAUACCAAGUAACUCGAAGGACCAUUCUAGUAGGCUGAGAUGGCUUGCUUUUGGACCAAGACAUAUCGCUCAAACUUAUAAGGGUUUUGUAGUAAACGGCCAUCGCUUUCAAACAGAUGAUGUCAAGAGGAAGACUCAGAAUAGUGGAGUAACUUAUGAAGCAUUCUCUAUGUGUAGAGCUAGUUCUAAAGAUACGAGACAAAUGGCAGACAUAGUAGCAUUCUAUGGAGUGAUAAAGGAGAUCGUAUUGAUGGACUACCACAUGUUCCAGGUUCCAUUAUUUAGGUGUAGUUGGGCUAACAAAGGGAAUGGAGUGAAAGAGGAAGACAGGUUCACACUUGUCAAUCUCCAUAUGAAUCAGACAUCAUUCUUAAAUGAUCCUUUCAUUCUGGCAUCGCAAGCUAAACAAGUUUUUUACUCCAGAGAUGAUGAGAACUCACCUUGGUAUGUUGUUAUGCGGGCACCACCAAGAGGGUACAACAUGAUGGACACAGUAGAUGAGUUAGUUCCUGCACAAUCAUCAGUCCAGCCAAUUGAAGAUUUAGGAGAUCAUGAGACUGAUGAUGACAGUUUUUGUGUUAGGGAUGAUUGUGAAGGUGUUCUAGUAUAA